AUGGCGGCCGGCAAGCGACCAGCUGCCGUCCUCGACGCCGGCCACAUGACGCAUCAAGAACCAGAAGCAACCUUGUGCAAGAGGAGGCGCGUCCGCAUCGGCACCAUGACGGCCUUCAAGUUCGAGGACACGCCCUGCCUCGGCGAGGGCAGCUUCGGCGCCGUCCUCAAGGCGCGCCACCGCGUCACCGGCAAGACCGUCGCCAUCAAGGUCAUCCGCUCCACGGACGAUCCUGCCGUCGCCAACAGAGAGAUCGAGAAGGAGGCUGGCUUCCUCGAGGCCUGCAGCCCCAACCCUUACGUCGUCGGCUCCCAUGGACUCAUCCGCGACCCGGCCACCCACAAGCUCUGCCUCGCCAUGGACUACGUCGGGCCCAACCUCUACGCCUUCCUGUCUGAGAGGCCGCCGCUCCCGGAGGCCAUCGUGAAAGCCUACAUGUGGCAGCUCCUCACCGGCGCCAACAAGAUGCACAUGCACCGGAUCGUCCACCGCGACAUCAAGCCGCACAACAUCCUCGUCGGCCAAGGAGGAAAGAUCCUCAAGAUCUGCGACCUCGGGCUGGCCAGGUCCUUGGAGACCGCCAAGUUGCCGUACCAAUUUGCUGGAACCAUGCCUUACAUGGCGCCCGAGAUCCUCCUGGGGAAGCCGGACUAUGACGAGGGCGUCGACACUUGGUCGCUGGGAUGCGUCAUGGCCGAGAUGCUAACCGGAAACAUGCUGUUCAAAGCCGACAAAAAGGAAGACAGGAUUGCCCAGCUCUCGGCUAUCUUCCGCGUUCUCGGGUUACCUUGGCCGGAGGUCGUCGCGGCCAAGGUGCCGCAGGCGCAGCACAACACGCUGGGAAACCUCCUCCCCCGGGAAACCUUGUCCGAGGACGGGUUCCAAGUCUUGAAAGGGCUUCUCGAGUGCAACCCAGCUAAGCGGCUGACGGCGGCCGCCGCGCUCCAACUCCCGUGGUUCGCGCCCAAGCUCCACACCGACGACGACGUGUCAGAGCUGCCGCCAAGAAGGAACGUUCUGCGGAUGAAGAUCGUUCAGACGGGGACACUGAAGAAGAAGACUGUGCUGCGGAUCAAGUUCGCUCCGGCAACACCCAAGAAGAACCUCGGGGCGACGCCCGGAACGAAGAAGAAUCUGCAGCGGACCGAGGUCAUCCCACCGGCGACACCAACACCACACAUGAAGAACGUGCUCAAAAUACCACUUGCGGUUUGGAACAAGCCAUGCAGCAGUGUAGCUAGCUAG